GGGGGCGCGCGGAUCGUCUGGCCGUUGCCAGGCAACGGAAGAAGUCCCGCCCCCGGCGCGCGCCGCCUCACGGGUCUGGAGGGGGAGCGGGAAACGGCGGUCGCACCCUCCGCCGGGGCGGUUCCUGAUCAGCCCGGCUGCCGGGGCUGGAGCGGAGCAUGCAGAGGAGGACGCGCCUGCAGCGGGAGCUGUCCCUGCUCGCCGCGGAGCCGCCGCCGGGAAUCUCCUGCUGGCACAGCGGGCACGGCGCCGGCGAGCUGCGGGCACAAAUCCUAGGAGGUGCAGACACACCCUAUGAGAAGGGAAUAUUCAACCUGGAAAUCAUUGUUCCUGAGAGGUACCCCUUUGAGCCCCCCAAAAUCCGCUUCCUGACCCCCAUCUACCACCCCAACAUCGACUCUGCGGGCAGGAUUUGCCUGGAUGUGCUCAAGUUACCCCCCAAGGGUGCCUGGAGGCCCUCGCUGAGCAUCUCCACCCUGCUGAGCUCCAUCCAGCUGCUGAUGGCAGAGCCCAACCCUGACGACCCUCUCAUGGCUGACAUCUCCUCAGAGUACAAGUACAACAAGCAGCUGUUCCUGCUCCGGGCCCGGGAGUGGACGGAGAGACACGCAGGGCAGGGCAGGGCUCCCAAGCCUUUGGAAGAGAAAAGCACCCAGGGGGAAAGGAGCCCCAGCAGCGAGUCCUCUGGGCAGAAGAGGAAAGGGAGCAACAUCAGCAGAAAGGAGAAGAAAUCCUGCCGAGAUUCCUGAGGGGGUUUUGUUCCCUUGGGGUUGUCCCUGUCCCCUUCCUCAGGUAUGAGCCUGUAAAGGGCUGCAGCAGUUUGGUUUUUGCUGUUUCCAUGUUUGUUUGGGGUUUUCUUUUUGUGAAAACUUUUCAUUGUAUUAAUAAAAUAUGAAGCUUUAAUUUA